GCGGCGCCCGGCCCUCGUCGUCAUGUAUAAAGCGCGACUCCGCAGCGGCCAGGGCCAGCUCCGAAGCCAGACGGACCACUCCACUCUCCACUCAGCUCUUCUCUCGCCCGCAAUUCUUCCUAUCCGCCUCGGCUCGGGCUCCAUCUCCAAGGAUUCUGUUCCCGAGUCGUACGUGAUCCUGCUGAAGCGUGAGCUCGAGCCACAGCCACACAGGCAGGAUGGUGACCAAGGUGGUGGACCUCCGCUCCGACACGGUCACCAAGCCAUCCGAGGCCAUGCGCGCCGCCAUGGCCGCGGCGGAGGUGGACGACGACGUCCUGGGCGCGGACCCGACCGCGCAGCGCUUCGAGGCGGAGAUGGCCAGGAUCAUGGGCAAGGAGGCCGCCCUGUUCGUCCCCUCGGGCACCAUGGGCAACCUCGUCUCCGUCCUCGCGCACUGCGACACCAGGGGCAGCGAGGUCAUCCUCGGGGACAACUCCCACAUCCACAUCUAUGAGAACGGGGGCAUCUCCACCCUCGGCGGCGUCCACCCCAGGACCGUGCCCAACAACCCCGACGGCACCAUGGACAUCCACAAGAUCGUUGCUGCCAUCAGGCAUCCGGACGGGGCCAUGUAUUAUCCCACCACCAGGCUCAUCUGCUUGGAGAACACACACGGAAACACUGGCGGAAAGUGUCUGUCUGUAGAGUACACCGACAAGGUUGGUGAGGUUGGUAAAAGCCAUGGCUUGAAGCUUCAUAUCGACGGAGCUCGUAUUUUUAACGCUUCCGUGGCACUCGGAGUUCCUGUUCAUAGACUUGUGAGAGCUGCUGAUUCAGUUUCGGUAUGCCUAUCAAAAGGUUUAGGCGCUCCUGUUGGAUCAGUUAUUGUUGGUUCGAAGGCCUUCAUAGACAAGGCUAAGAUUCUUAGGAAGACACUAGGUGGUGGAAUGAGGCAGGUUGGAAUUCUCUGUGCUGCUGCCUAUCUUGCGGUUCGCGACACCGUAGGCAAGCUUGCCGAUGACCAUAGGAAGGCCAAAGUUUUAGCAGAUGGUCUGACGAAAAUUAAACAGUUUACAGUUGAUUUAGCUUCAGUGGAGACCAACAUGGUAUUCUUUGAUAUUGCGGAUCCACGCAUAACACCUGACAAACUCUGUCAAGUCCUGGAACAGCGCAAUGUGCUUGCAAUGCCAGCAAGCUCCAAGAGCGUCAGACUUGUCACUCACUACCAAAUUUCAGACAGUGACGUGCAGUAUACUUUGACAUGCAUCGAGAAAGCCGUGGAGGAAAUACUGUCAGGCAACGCCAAAUUCGAGCGCCUGACAAACGGCAUUACCACGAACUCAUAUGGGCACUAGGCCACGGCCUAUGGAGUGCAGUCAGUGGUAUCCAGCUUGUUUGUGGCCGUGGCCUUUGCAGUAGUGAAGUAGUAACAACUUUGCAGAAUAAUCUGUUGCUAUUUGGGCCGAUGGAAGCCCCCCACUUGGUGUCAAUGUGAUGUGUUCACUUCAGCCCGGAUACAGGAAAAUGUUCGCCAGGCCGGCCCAUCAUCACUCAAGUGUACUCUACCUUUUCCCAGCAAAGAAAAAAAAAAGAAGAAGUGAUCCUCAAAAAAUUAAAUAAAAAAAGCAAAAAAGAAGAAGUGUACUUUGUA